AUGAAGGGUUGGAAGAAGUUAUGGCUGAUGAUAAAAGGGUUCUUUAUAUUUAAGUUCUCCACUGAAGCUGAGUGUAAUAAUAUUUUAGCUAAUGGACCAUGUAUGGUGAUGGGGAAACCAUUAUUCCUUAAAAAAUGGCACAAAGGUAUGGAAAUGAGUAAAGAAUCAUGUAGAUCCAUUCCCCUUUGGAUCAAAUUUUAUAAUAUUCCCUAUGAGUAUUGGGCAGCUAAGGGUUUCAGUCAUGUGAUAAGUGCUGUGGGAAAACCUUUAUUUGCUGAUAGGCUUACUGAAAGCAAAGCAAGACUCAGUUAUGCUAGACUGUGUGUGGAAGUGGAUGCCACUAAACCCUUUGUUGAAUCUUUCCAACUGAAGGCAACUAAUGGAAUUGUGUUUGACAUUAAGGCUGAAUAUCAGUGGAAGCCUAUGGUCUGUUCAUCUUGUUGUUGUUUUGGGCACCUUAGUAAUGUAUGCCCUACCAAACAAACCAUAAGUAGAAUAGCUAUAGAGAAUGCUAAUCAAGGAAAGGAAUGGAAAGCAGUGCAAAGGAGUUCUCAACCAAUUGAAGUAAUAAAUGUUAGCCAUGAGGACCACAUUACUGAUGUUGCUGGGGAUGAUACUGCUGAUGUCAAAUAG